AUUCUUUCACUGUUAUCCUGCGGUCAGCCGCUUGUCCAGCUCAAGUAUGGAACAAAUAAAUAACAUUGAAGUCGUUCCAUGCACCAACUCUGCCUAUUUGAAACCGUUUAGAGUGCACUACAACCAGAAUGGUACAAAGAAAUCCUGGGACUGCGUGCAGACACAUGACAGCGUAUCAGUGCUGAUCUUCAACACCACCUCACACUGUUUUGUCCUUGUCAAGCAGUUCCGUCCGGCUGUAUACAUGUGUGAAUUUGAGAGGGCCAAGACGCAGCCACCUGAGACGACUGAAAAUAGUGAAGAGGGCGUCACCGAAGCCAUGGCUCCACAGUCUCAGGAGGGCCAAUCAGCCUCGCAGGAAGAAAGUCCUUCUCGAUGGCCACCAGCCUCAGCAGGUGUGACCUAUGAGCUCUGUGCUGGGCUGGUGGACAAAUCCGAGCUUUCCCUUGAGGAAAUUGCCCGACAGGAGGUGCUAGAAGAGUGUGGCUAUGACGUUCCUCCUUCUAAGAUGAAGAAGAUUACUUCUUACAGGUCUGGCGUGGGUGUAACGGGCUCCAGACAGACCAUGUUUUACGCCGAGGUGUCUGAUGACAACUGUGUGAGCGAAGGCGGAGGUGAGCCACAGGAGGGCGAGCUUAUCGAGGUGGUUAAAAUCCCCCUGCAUGAGGCCAUGACUUUCGCGUACAACGAGCGCAUACCCAAAACCAUGGGCGUCAUUUUUAGUUUCAUGUGGUUCCACAAUAAUAUGGCACCCAAGUACAAGAUCUCCACCAAUGUGUAACGAGCAUUAAACACCCCUUUUUACCUCUUUCUUACACAAAAUCAAACACUGGUCCCACUGUUGGCUCUUCGUCCUUUAUUGCCUUUAUGCUGAUUGGUCUGGGAUAAAGGCUGCGCCUUUGUCUUGUUAUCAGCAGGUAUCAUUGAGGUUUGUCAUGUUUACCGUUCUAAUUUUUUACGUGCUAAUUUUCCCCUAAAUUUGCACUGGUUUCUCUCCUUGAUGUAAUUUUUUGGCAUGAUAAUCAUGUAAAUUUCUCUGUGCCAUGCCAUAUGUGUGUGUGUCUCUCUCUCUCUCUCUCUCUCUCUCUCUCCAUAUAUAUAUAUA